UAAUUAAAUAUUUUAUUUAUCACAAUUUUAGUUUUUAUAGAAGACGUCCAAACAAGCGUAGAAAUCUGCAAACGUAUCGAAGGUAAAAGGUACUCUCAAAAUAUUUAUCACUAGCAGCAGUAAGCUGCAGUUGAUAUUGUCACCGUCCGUUAGCUCAGAAAGUUCAUUGCUUUUCGUCUUUGGCUUCAAUAAUCAUUCUCUUUGGGUGAAUUCGACACACCAAAUAGAAUCACAUCUGUUUUCUAUGGUCUUCAAGUAGAUGGCAUCGGCCGUUUUCACCAGGACUCUAUUGGGCCACCGAUUCGUGCACUCCUCGCGGACUCUCUCACACAAAACCCAGCUCUUCACUUCUCUCUUUAAUAAGAGACCAUUUCACGUACAAGCUGACCCUCUUUAUACAUCACAUAGGACCUCUGGUUGGGUUUCUCGAGUUAUGGCUUCCUCUGUGGUCGGUACAAAAGCUAAUUUUUCUACACAAUCUUUAUCUACGAAUGAACCCGUUGUAUCUGUUGAUUGGCUCCAUGCUAAUCUUAGGGAGCCUGAUAUGAAGGUGUUGGAUGCAUCCUGGUACAUGCCAGAUGAACAAAGAAAUCCAUUUCAAGAGUAUCAGGUUGCUCACAUUCCUGGUGCUGUUUUCUUUGAUGUAGAUGGGAUAGCAGAUCGAGCUACAAAUUUGCCACACAUGUUACCCUCAGAGGAAGCUUUUGCAGCUGCUGUUUCUGCUCUUGGAAUUGAGAAUAAAGAUGGAUUGGUUGUUUAUGAUGGGAAGGGUAUUUUUAGCGCAGCUCGUGUCUGGUGGAUGUUCCGAGUCUUUGGGCAUGAUAAAGUUUGGGUGUUGGAUGGAGGCUUACCUAGAUGGCGUGCAUCAGGAUAUGAUGUUGAAUCCAGUGCUUCUGGUGAUACCAUCCUGAAAGCUAGCGCUGCCAGUGAGGCAAUAGAGAAAGUAUAUCAGGGCCAGACAGUUGGACCAAUCACAUUCCAGACAAAAUUUCAGCCGCAUCUUGUUUGGACCCUUGAGCAGGUUAAGAAAAACAUUGAGGACAAGAUGCACCAACAUAUUGAUGCCCGUUCAAAGGCCAGGUUUGAUGGAGCUGCACCAGAACCUCGAAAGGGAAUAAAAAGUGGUCACAUACCUGGGAGCAAGUGCAUUCCUUUUCCCCAAAUGUUGGAUGCUUCACAGACACUCUUACCAGCGGAUGAGCUUAAGAAACGGUUUGAUCAAGAAGGCAUCUCCUUGGAAAGCUCUAUUGUUACUUCUUGUGGGACUGGCGUAACUGCUUGCAUUCUUGCUUUGGGUCUGCAUCGACUUGGGAAGCAAGAUGUUGCAGUUUAUGAUGGAUCCUGGACUGAAUGGGGUGCACAUCCUGACACACCUGUUGACACUUCCUAAAUCUGGAAGCUUGGCAGCAAGAUGCUGCUUUAGGAUUGCCUAGUUGAAUUCUCUGGUUAUGGAAAAAGAGGUCCAUUCUCUGAUUAUGACAGGAGAGAUUGUAUCUAAAACAGUUGAACAAUAAGAUCGCCUUGGUUUUUCUGCUUUCA